AUGUCCAGCGACGAAGGCACCACCGACAUGGAUGACCGUGCACUGGCGGUCAGCAAUUUUUCCGCGCUCCCAUUGUUGGUGCAAAAACACCACCACCACCAUCACUACCAACAGCACCAAGACAUGAUGACCGGGAAGUCGUGCGGCCGGAAGGUCAGACGCAGGAGGACAGCGUUCACGCACGCUCAACUGGCUUAUCUCGAACGCAAGUUUCGUUCCCAGAAGUAUUUGUCUGUAGCCGAUCGGAGCGACGUGGCCGAGGCGUUGAACUUGUCAGAAACUCAAGUCAAAACGUGGUACCAAAAUCGAAGAACGAAGUGGAAGCGUCAGAACCAGUUGCGCCUCGAUCAGCUGCGCCAACAGUCGGUUGAGCCGCAGUCGGAAACGUCCGCAGCCGCCGCCGAGUAUGGACAGCACCACAAACAACAGCACCAGCAGCACAGGCUGCACUCGGCGGAACCGCACCACGGCCGACAGACCGAGCACAGAGUGUACGCACCGUCGUCGGCGGACUCGGACAUGCAGGCGGCCGCCGAGGCGUCGGCAGCUGCACCGUUGACGUCGUCGACGGCGGCAGCGGCUGCAGCAGCGUUCAUCGGCGCGCCGUACCCGGGGGUGGCCAACGGCGCUAGGUGGAACUUUCUAACCACGGCCGCGGCCAUCGUGCGGAACGUGUCGUACGUGCAUGGGUGUCACAUGUAA